AUGGCGAUUCAGUACGUGCACAACUUCUUUCGCCGAGAUCCAAGCCGUCCAUCCAAAGAUAAGAAGCUCGACAGCUUUGUUCAAAAGUCGAAAGGACAGUACCAAGCCAAGUUUCUGGAUAAGGAUAAGCAGUUCCUUCGAAUCACUCGAGCUUUUGUGGAGAGCAAUAGCGUGGAGGACACUAUUGAAGACGUCUUCAAGGCGAUGAAAAGAAGGGGGCUCAAGAAGUACUGGCAACGAAAGCUCACUGUCACUGGUUGCUAUUCCGACUACGUUGACGUUGACGUGGCGGACCUGGGGAAGUGA